AUGGUUCUGAUUAUGAGGCCCUGCAGGGAGCGUUUGCAGGUUUCUAACCCUAACCCGUCAGUCAGCAGCUCCCCGGAGGAGCGGACGGACACAACGAGGAAAGCAGAGUUUCAGGAGUCUCUGAAGUCACGCUGCAGGAGAACAUGUCGGCUGACGCUGGACAAAGUCUCAAUCUGGGAUGUCCAAAUCCUUGCUGUGUUCUUUGAUGGCCAGGACCUCAUGCAGGACUACAGACUGGGGCGCCAGUCACUGGAGGCCCUGCUGAGAAUCCUGCCAUCAAAGAGCACACAAGGCUGGUCACAUGAGGUGCAUAUUUUAAUUACCCUUUAUUGGUUGGCACACGGCUUAUCGUACAGUGUGGUGUCCCGGGCCUUUGAUGUCCCCAGGUCUACCGUCUGCAGACUGGUGCACACUGGAGUUGAAAAAAUUGCAGCCCUUCGCCAGGAGGUCAUCACACUGCCCCCCCCUGGAGAACUGGAGGAGGUUGGCCAAGGGUUUGCAAGGCUGGCCAACAGCCCAGUAUUCUCCAGGUGUGUGGGGGCCAUUGAUGGCUGCCAUGUCCGCAUAAAGACCCCCCCAGGACCUGAGGGCCAGGAUUACCUCAACAGGAAGCUCUUCCCAUCCAUACAAUUGCAGGCAGUGUGUGAUGGGAAGGGCUUCUUUCUCAACACCUUUGUUGGGUAUCCUGGCUCAGUCCACGACACCAGGGUCUUGAAGAACAGCGCAAUCUACAAAGGGGCUCUGUAUCCUCCUUCAGGAUUCUUCCUUGUGGGUGAUGGUGGCUACCCCUGCAUAGAAGAACCUGUGGCCAUCAUCACCCCAUAUAGAGAACCACUGCAAGGGAGGGUGCAGAGCCGCUUCAACCAGCAUCAUGCCAGGGCUCGCUCCAUCAUAGAGCGGGCCUUUGGCAUGCUGAAAACCAGGUGGAGAUCGCUGUUCUUCAAGGCUCUGGAGGUCCACCACACCUUUGUCCCCUCAGUCAUCACCGCCUGUGCAGUGCUGCACAACAUCUGCCUCACAGCGGGGGACAUCCUUGAGCCUGCAGAGGAUGUUGGGGACAUUGGUGUGGUUCCACCACGUCUGGUGAGCGGGGAACAAGGCGGACAUGGCCAGCGAGACCGACUGGCAGGGCUGCUCUCUGCUCCACGUGUGCAACCAGUCGAACUUCAAGAACAUGACUAUUUGUAG